CUGGAUGGCCCCGCUGGCCAAAAUCGCCAGCACGAACGGGCAGCGCUCUCACAAGCGCUUCGUUUCUGCCCGAGACGACACACCAACUGCAUCCAAGGCGCUGCGUCUGGCCGUUUGCCGUUUGCUUUGCACUUGCAUCUCGGUCCAUCCGCCUGUCGAAAACAACAAGACUCCCGCAUUCGCCGCGAUCGAUCCGAUCCUCUCACCCCGCAAACAUGGUCGUGCUUACCUCUGCAGCUGGCAUCAUCUCGUUGCUGGACGAGCAGGAUGAGGAGCUGCUCGUCUACUCUCUCACGAAGCUGAACGAAAUCGUGGAUCAGUUCUGGGCCGAGAUUUCGGACUCUGUCACCAAAAUUGAAACCCUGUACGAGAACCCCCAGUUCAAGCACCGCAAUCUUGCUGCUCUCGUGGCGUCCAAAGUUUACUAUCACCUUGGAGCGUACGAUGAGUCUCUUCAGUUUGCCCUUGGCGCCGACGCCCUGUUUGACACCUCGGCCAAGACUGAGUACGUCGAGACAAUUAUCGCCAAGUGCGUCGACAAGUACAUCGAGCUUCGCGCUGCCCAGCACGACAGCGCAUCUCCCGCCGAGUCUAUCGAUCCCCGCUUGAUCAACGUCGUCACCCGUAUGAUCCAGCGAUGCUACAACGACCAGGAAUACAAGCAGGUUAUUGGAAUCGCUCUGGAGUCUAUGCGGCUCGACGUCAUUGAGGAGGCUGUGGCCAAAGGCAACGCCAAGGAGCUGCUUUCCUACGUUCUGGAGGCUGCCAUGACGAUUGUGCAGCACAUUGGAUUCCGAAACAUGCUGCUGCAACUGCUGGUCAAGCUGUUCAAGAACCUGCAAGACCCCGACUACAUCUCCAUCAGCCAGUGUUUCGUCCACCUCAACUCGCCCAGCGAAGCCGGCGAGCUCCUCCAGAGCCUUGUCCACAAAGACGAAUACCACCGGUUGAUUGCAUUCCAGAUUGCCUUUGACCUGGAGGAGAACGCCACGCAGGAGUUCCUGAAUAAGGUCCUCCAGUCGCUGCCGCCUGCCUCGACAGAGGCGGAGGCGGAUGAUGUGAACGACCCUUUUGCCAAGAUCCGCACCAUCAUCAACGGCGAACUAUCAAUCAAGUUGCACCUUGAGUUCCUCCACCGCAACAACAAGUCCGAUCUGCUGAUUCUGAAAAACACCAAGACGGCCUUGGAGGGAAAGAGUUCGGUCUACCACUCGGCCGUCACCUUUGCCAAUGCCUUCAUGAACGCCGGCACCACCAGCGACGACUUUUUGCGACAAAACCUCGAGUGGCUCUCUCGCGCCACCAACUGGACAAAGUUUAGUGCCACUGCGGCCCUGGGCGUCAUCCACAAAGGCCAGAUCACCAAGGGCCUGAAUCUGCUCUCGCCAUACCUCCCGCAGGAGGGCGUAACGGGGUCGGCAUACUCGGAGGGCGGUGCCCUGUUUGCCCUUGGCAUCAUCCACUCGCACCACGGAGCCGGCGUGGUGCCCUAUCUGACCAACGCCCUCAGCAACACCCAGAACGAGGUUGUUCAGCACGGCGCCUGCCUCGGUCUCGGCGUCGCUGGCAUGGCCACCGACAACGAUGAGCUCUACGAGAAUCUCAAGACCAUCCUCUUUACCGACAGCGCUGUUGCCGGUGAGGCGGCUGGCCUCGCCAUGGGCUUGGUUAUGCUCGGUACGGCCUCGGCCAAGGCCAUCACGGAAAUGGUCCAGUACGCCCACGAGACGCAGCACGAGAAGAUCAUUCGCGGCCUGGCUGUUGGACUGUCGAUGAUCAUGUACGGCCGGGAGGAGCAGGCCGACGCGCUCAUCAACCAGCUCUGCGAAGACAAGGACCCUAUCCUCCGCUAUGGAGCCAUGUACACUGUCGCCAUGGCCUACAGCGGAACAGGCAACAACAAGGCAAUCCGCAGACUGCUGCAUGUGGCCGUCAGCGAUGUCAACGACGAUGUCCGCCGAGCCUCGGUCAUUGCCCUGGGCUUUGUUCUCUUCCGACAGCCCAAGCAGGUCCCUCGAAUUGUGCAGCGGCUGUCGGAGAGCUACAACCCGCACGUCCGCUAUGGCGCCACCCUGGCCCUGGGCAUUGCCUGCGCCGGCACAGCCAUGUCGGAUGCCGUCGAUAUCCUCGAGCCCAUGACCAAGGAUCCGGUCGACUAUGUCCGCCAAGGUGCUCUCAUUUCGCUUGCCAUGGUCUUUAUCCAGCACAACGAGGUCACGGCGCCCAGGGCCGUCGCCACCCGCAAGCUCUAUGAGAAGAUCAUCAGCGAGAAGCACGUUGAUCCCAUGGCCAAGUUUGGUGCAGUGCUGGCCCAGGGCAUCAUCGACGCUGGCGGCCGCAACGUCACCAUCUCGCUCCAGUCCCGCUCUGGACUUGCCAACAUGUCGGCGAUCGUUGGCAUGGCCGUCUUUACCCAGUUUUGGUACUGGUACCCUCUGACCCACUUCCUGAGUCUGGCCUUUACCCCGACACCGUUGAUUGGUCUGAACAAGAACCUGGAGGUGCCCCAAUUCAAGUUCGUCUCGAACGCCCGCCCGUCCGUGUUUGCCUAUCCCCCGUCGACCAAGCCCCCGACAGCCGAAGUUAUCGAGAAGGUCGCUACCGCGGUGCUCUCCACCACCGCCAGGGCCAAGGCUCGCGCACGCAAGUCCGAGAAGGACAAGGCUGGCGAUGCUAUGGACACGGACGACAAGAAGGAAGAGCCCGAGACUCCCAAGGUCGCUUCGGUCGAGGACAAGGACAAGGACGACUCUGAGAAGAAAUCGGAGCGCAAACGCGAGCCCAACUUUGACGUGCAGGACAACAUGUCGCGGGUUGUCCCUGCCCAGCUGAAAUACGUGGCCUUCAAGGAAGACUCCCGAUACGUUCCUCUGAAAAAGACACUCGGCGGAAUCGUCCUGCUCCACGAUCUGCGACCCGGAGAGCCUGAAGAGUUUGUUGUGCUUGCGUCCUCGGCAGAACCCGCUGCGGCACCGAGCAGCACCCCCGCCGCCAACGCCCCGGCUGCCGCUACUGCUGCUGCUGCCUCGGCGACAUCGACCAAUCCUCCCGAAGAAGCCCCAGCCCCAGAGCCGUUUGAGUACCACGAAGAUUAAGACAGGCAACUCUGUCUUGCUGCUGCAUCUGGGCGCCUGCCAAAGUCGCUUGCCGGCACAAUACACUUGCUCUUCGCUUGAUGAACGCCGGUCCACGAGAAGCGCAUCUGCUCCUCGCCCAGAGCACGAUGAACCGAGGCUGCACGACAGACUUGUCGUCGGACGGCUUUGUCACG